CUGUUACUUACGAGCCGAGCGUAAGAGGCGCUGUUCCUAUUUUUUUGUGGCUGUAUUCUUGGACCCAACGACACGUAAUGCUCAAAACGUUCGAACAGUUCAACAAGAACAUCAGGUUCAAAGUGAAGCUUGUCAACAUCGACAACGUGGUGUUCAAGCUGCACUACCGCGUCACCUUCGUCCUGCUUAUGGUCUUCACGGUCCUGGUGACGAGCCGCCAGUACAUCGGAGAACACAUCCGCUGCAUCAACGACAGUGGCGUCCCGACCAACGUGACCGAGACGUUCUGCUUCUUCACGAGUACGUACACAGUGGUCCGCCAUCUGGACCCGUCGCUGAGUGGUGAUGUGAUCCAGCCUGGAGUGGGACCAUACGAGGAGGGCGAACCGGUAGUGCGACAUGCCUACUACCAGUGGGUGCCGUUCGUACUGUUUCUGCAGGCCCUCGCCUUCUACACCCCACACUGGAUAUGGCGCAAAAUGGAAGGAGGUCGCCUCAAAGUCAUCGUCAACUUGUUCGAGUACGCAGCUCUCGCCAGCUGUGAUUCAGACAUUACCAUCAACAAAAAGAAGAUACCGUCCCGAAAGGCACGGGAAGAGAACAUAGCUGUGGUGAGGAAGGCGUUCCUGGAGCGUCUGCACCUGAACCGGCCGUGGGCGAUGUGGAUGGUGUUCUGCGAAGUGCUCAACGCGGUCAACCUGGUGGCGCAGUUCGCGCUCACCAACGCCUUCCUGGGUGGGCAGUUCCUCUCGCUCGGGCCUAAGGUCGUCGAGACCAGUGGCGAUGACGCUGACAUCCUAGACAUCGUAUUUCCCAAGGUGACGAAGUGCACCUUCCACAAAUACGGUCCGUCGGGCAGCCUGCAAAAGCACGACGCGCUGUGCGUGAUGGCGCUCAACAUCAUCAACGAGAAAAUCUACGUGUGCCUGUGGUUCUGGUUCGUCAUCCUGUCCGUGGCCACGGCGCUGGGUCUCCUCUGGCGCCUCUUCACCUUUGUCUUCCACUCGCGCAGCAACGCCUUCAACCGGCGCAUCUUCAAGCUGGCCACGCCCCAGCAACUGGAGCCGUACGAGAUGAUCACCGUCACCCGGAAGUGCUACUACUCCGACUGGCUCUUCCUCUACUACCUCGCCAAGAACCUUGACGGGUUUGUCUUCAAGGACAUCUUCGUCGGCCUCGCCAUAGAUUUCGACAACGCCGACACCAAAGCGCUCGAGGAUCUAGCCGACGGCGCCAGUUCAAAGGCUACUACUAUCGUCACCGAUGAGGAGAAGGAACCUCUUCAGGAGAAGAAAGACUCCUGAGUCUUCGGUGCGCUAGCAGCAGUUACUCCUACACAGUAACUGCUGUGAGGAUACAAAGACUGACAGCUGUGAAACGAAUCGACCCAUUCGUUUGCUGCUCCUCCCAAACUUGGAACCGGGAACUCGUUAUUCACGUCAACGUCUUACAACUUAUUUAGAUGCUGCACGAUACGCUGCGGGGCUGGCAAUGGAUAUCUUUCAAUAUUAAUCUUGUGUCAAAUGCUGCACUUUGCAAUAUUUUCUUUAUUUUCUAUAUUCAGGAAACGAUCAAAUACUAGUCACGUAACUGCUUGUAUAUAACUCCCCACCGAAACCCUUUACCCUUUCUAUACUUCCCAGGCCUCUCCUCUUCAUCUUAGUCUAAGUGUGUGUGUUUGGACACGUGAUUAUCUGCAGGCAUCCGUGCACACUCGUGAGCAUGUGCACACAUGUACAUACUUGUGUGACUAACACGAGUAUCGUUUUCAAGGUGUUUUGCAAUUCUUUCUUUAUAUUUUAUUUUUGAGAAAUGUAUUACUUUUAAGUUGCGAGAGAUGUUUUUUUUUCUGCCAGGUUCAAUGUGAUUCCGUAAGUGACUGUCUUUUAGAUUCAAAAUUUAAUUAACGAUGUUUUUCUGAAAAUAAUAAACCUUUAUUCAGUUUUUUCCUAGGUUAACAAUUUGAGCGUUUUAAUUCAGUCUCACUGUACAUGAUGAUUGUAUGAUGAGAAAAUAGUAAACUAGAAUAUUUUUAAAAAAUAAGUGAUCUAAACUUUUCCUUUGACAGAUCCUUUUGUGCGUACUAAGAAAGACAGCCCAUAGUUCAUAAACUUAAAGAAGUAUACCAGGCUGUGAAUCAUCAGGCAACCUCUACUCAUAGAGCAGGAGACUCAACACGUUCCCACUCACGGGAAGUUACGUUCCGUACUAA